GCGAGGUGGGGGCGGCCGGCCGGGGACCCGGCAGCACCGGGCGGCACCGAGCGGGUCGGAGCGGGCUGGCCGCCAGCGCGGUCACGUGUGUGACCCCUCCUCUCGCGCCUGCCUCCCCCGCGCGCCGAGCUCUCCAUUCAUAAAUUCUCCGCCUGCUCCGCGGCUACCGGGCGCCGGAGCCCGCCGGGAGCGCCGUGCAGCAACCCGCCCGCCGCCCAUGGGCCGCGCGCCCCGGCGCUGAGGCCCCUCCUCCUAGCCUCAGAAUGCAGCCCACGGCCACCAUGGCCACGGCCGCCACCACCUCCACCACGGUCGCCCUGACCACGACGUGGGACAACGCCACGGGCCGCCCCACCGGGGAGCCCGACCCUGUCCUGGACAACUACAUGCUGCUGGUGGUGGUGAUGGCGCUCUUCGUUGGGGGCACCCUCGUGGUGCUGUCGGGCACGCUGCUGCUCUGCAGGCGCUGCUGGGAAGUCCACAGGCGCGUCCACAGAGCCACAGAGGAAGCAGAGAAGACCACCACCAGCUACCUGGACAAUGGCGCCCGCCCUGCCCAAGACCCCGAGUUCAGGGGGGAGGAGCCCGAGGGCCAGGACGCCGAGACCGAGCGCUUCCUGUCCACCAGCUCCACCGGCCGCCGGGUGUCCUUCAACGAGGCGGCCCUGUUUGAGCAGAGCCGGAAGGCGCAGGACAAGGGCCGCCGGUACACCCUGACCGAGGGGGACUUCCACCACCUGAAGAACGCCCGCCUCACCCACCUGCACCUGCCGCCCCUCAAGAUCGUCACCAUCCACGAGUGUGACUCAGGCGAGGCCAGUGCGACUGCCACACCCCACCCCACGGCCGCCCCCAAGGCCAGCCUUGCCAUCUUCCAGCCCCCGGGGAAGGCCCUCACCGGCCGCUCUGUGGGCCCCAGCUCCGCCCUGCCAGGUGACCCCUACAACUCGGCCGUGGGCCCUGCCGACUUCGAGAUCAGCCCCUCGGCUUCCAGUGACUCUGGGGAAGGCACCUCGUUGGAUGCAGGGGCCAGGAGUGCAAAGCCUGGUGGGCCAGGGGCCACAGCAGGGCCUGGGGAGGCAGGCCCAGCCUCUGGGGCAGGCCCCGUCCUGCAGUUCUUCACCCGCCUGAGGCGCCACGCCAGCCUGGACGGGGCCAGCCCCUACUUCAAAGUCAAGAAAUGGAAGCUGGAGCCCAGUCAGCGGGCGUCCAGUCUGGACACGAGAGGUGGUGGGCCUUCGAUCCUGCAGACCCCUGGUACGGGGCCCUGGAUACAGGGCUUCCAAACCUCAACCCAAGGACCAUGCAUGUGUGUCUUGGGGGGGAGGUGGCACCAACAGCUACAACCAUCCCUGCUCAUGGGAGCUCAGCGGGGCCAGGCGCUGGGGUGCCUGCUGCCCUGUGGCGGAGGUGGUGGGUCCCACUGCCAGGAAAGGCGGGGCGAGGGGAUGAGCAGUGUUGGAGGCCAGGGAAGGUGCGUGGCCAGUGACAGUGCCAGUCCCCUUGUUGGGGCCCGGCUCCAGCUGCUGUGGGGUGGGGGGAGGGGUCAGUUCUGGCUGAAGUGCUCCUGGCCGGGGAGGGGAGGGGAGGGGAGGGCUCGUCCCACUGUGCCAUUGGGAGCCCAGACAGAGCCUGUGAUUCGGGAGGUUGAUUAUAGGCAAAUGCAGGCACAGAAGCACCCAGAACCUGUUUGCUGGGUGACUGUCAUCCCCACCCCUGAGGCUUUCCCACUGAGGCCUCCCUUGUGGGAGGGUCCUGGCCCUGGGCCGGCAGGGCUGGAGCUGGCAGGAGAGGGCGUCACCUCUCCCCCCUCACCUGUCCCUCACUCUCCCCCACCUUCGGCCUUCUUUGGCACUCUAGUCGGGCUGUGUCUGUUACCUGGUGUCCAGGACAAGGCUGUGCUCUGGCCACACCUGCCUGCCAGGGCCACUCGGACCAAUGCUGCCACCUUGGCACCUCCAGUCCCGCCUGCCCUGGCUGCUGGGCUUUCGGUCCUGGUCUUUCUGCCCUCGGCACCUUGGUUUCCCCACCUGCACGGCUGGGUACAUGCUCACCUGGUCCAGGCUGGCUCUGUUGGCUCAGGGGUCAGGGGGUGGGGCCCGCGGUGGGAGGGGCCCAGGCAGGCUGCUGUACCUUCCUCUGCACAGGCUCCCCCAAGCGACACCACUUCCAGCGGCAGCGGGCAGCCAGCGAGAGCAUGGAGCACGAGGAGGGGGACGCCCCCCACGUGGACUUCAUCCAGUACAUCGCCAGCGCUGGCGACACCGUGGCCUUCCCGAGCCCCCGCCCCUUCCUGGCCAGCCCCGCCAGCCCCGCCAGCCCGCCCCCCACUCUCGGCAGGUAUUUUUCAGUAGAUAGAGGUGCUAGGGGUGGGCCCCUGCCCCACCCCGUCCCCCAUAGGUGGCCCAGGGAGCGCUCUCCCCGCCCUUCGGACAGGUGGUCGUGUUCGUGUUCCUCUGGCUCCACCGUCCUUC